UUCUCGGGUCGCAUCAGUCGCGCGUUACCUCGCGUUCGGUCUACAUCGCGCCGCUCCACCUGUUAUUUGUCAACCCUUGGGGCGCCAACCGCAACCAACUACCCUCGUGAUCAUUCGGACUUGGAAUCUCAUUUGUACGCGAACCGCGACGGUCUCCGGUGCAGGUGCAAGUGGACUUGGCCGGUAACGACGCGCGUUACUCCAAAGUUCACUCCGCUUGUAAGGUAACCCGAGCUUGUUCCAGAUUCCGGAUGAUCGAACACUUGGAAAUGACCGAAAGAAUGGAAAGCGGUAAUCUGCUACAAGCCGUCUAAAUACGUACGUUAUCCGGCAAUCACUGGAAAACUAAUUUAGAAGGUGCCCUGAGGCUGAAAUAUUCGGUAGUGCAAAAGUGAAGUAGCUGCGGGAAAAAAAACUGCAACGAUAACAACAAAACUGUGGCUGCAUGAGGGGCAGAAUUCGGACUUUUUUCAAUAUUUGUCGAGAGAGAAAAUGUAGCGAGAGGAUAGUCGCGAAAUUAAAGUGAAUGUCAGCAAAGGAAGCAGAGAGAAGUAAUAAAAAAAGAGAAAGAGAGGAGAAAAAUGGUAAAUGAGGAAAAGAAGGUGAAUCAAUUCUCGCAAAAAGUCGUCGUGGAGAAGGGCUCCCGGAAACUUUACCUCUGCACCAUUUCGCUGUACGUUAGAUAAUGGAAGUGUGCGAUAUACGAUUCAAUUCCAUUGUUGGAUGUCGAUCAUCGCGCAUAUUUCAUAUCUAUGACAAUCUACUGAAUAAAAGGAGCGUAUAAAAGCUGAAAAUAAAAUUCAUUCUAAUUCAAGGCAAUGUAAAUAUACCUAAUUGCGAUAAUUAUCGAUAAUGUCGGACAACGAAGACCUCAAGGUGACCAAAAACAAAGUCCCGCCUCCUCUCAAUCUAUCGGAAGCCAUAGAAGAUGAGGCGCUGAAUCAAAAGACUGCUAGAAUACUUAAGAACGACCUGCUUUUACACGAAGCUGUGAUAAAGAACGAAGCUGACAGCGUCAGAAAGGUGCUCAAAGAGACUGUUGACGUUGAUUCGAGGAACAACUACGGACGAGCGCCGAUUCACUGGGCUGCAUCCAAGGGAAAUACCGAUAUAAUCGAGAUGCUGAUCCAAGCAAAGUGUGACAUCGAAGUAAGGGACAAGUUUGGUAUGCGUCCGUUGCACAUGGCGGCGUGGUACGGCCACCGGGAAGCUGUCAAGAUGUUAAUUAAUGCUGGGGCAAAUGUUUCCGCAGUAAACAAGAAGCAUUAUACUCUUCUGAUGUGUGGCGCCCGUGGGAACAGCGUGGGUGUUGUCGAAUACCUCGCGGAAGCUGUGGAAUCGCUGAGCGGCGAAGCCACGGAUUGCACGGGAGCCACAGCACUCCAUCACGCUGCCCUCGCAGGACAUCCCGCCGUCAUCACCGCUUUGGCGAAUGUCCCGGGUGUCAAGUUGUCCGCAACGGACAAGAAAGGUCAAACUGCGAUCCACUGCGCUUGUGCGGAGGGUCACCUCGAGGCGGUAGAAGUUCUGAUAGGGCUUGGAGCGAACGUAGACGUCCAGGACAAUGAGGGCAACACCCCUUUGCACGUAACAACCCUUACCAGACACACGGGUAUCGCGCAACUUCUCCUACGUGUCGGUGCGAGCACCGACCUUCGGGACGAGGCUGGGCUGACCGCUUUGCACGUUGCGGCUAGUCAAGGGUGCAAAGGAAUUCUCGAAUCACUCGUUCAGCAGGGCGUUGUUCUCGACAAACAAUGCAAGAAAGGAAAUACCCCGCUGCACAUGGCGUGUCAGAACAACGAAGUAGACACGGUGGAAAUACUCAUCAACAGAGGAGCUGACUUGAACUGUCUGAACACUAGACUCCAAUCACCGAUUCAUAUAGCUGCGGAGAUGGGACACACCGAUAUUUGCAAACUGUUACUAGCCGCUGGGGCAAACAUCGAACAACGAGAGCAGGGCGGAAAGACACCUCUCUACAUAGCAGCGCGAGGAAGUUUCACGGCGAUUGUAGAUAUGAUAAUCAGGACUGCUAGAUUGGAUUACCCGACACCGGAAGAUUCCAACUCGGACAAGGAAGUCAGGGAAUUGACGCCAGCCAGGAGACGUUGGCGAGAAGAAUCGAGAGGCGGAAGUGUUUCGAGCGCGAGUAUCAAUCUGACCGAAAGAGUAAAGUCCAUUCUUUGGAGAUUAGCUUACAAACAACUCGCUCCCCCCGACUGGAAGAAAUUAGCUCUGCACUGGGCAUUCACCCACGAACAGAUCAGAGCUAUAGAACAUCAAUACACAGAAUCAAUCGCAGGUCCAUCCAGCUUUAAAGAGCACGGUUAUCGAAUGCUGUUGAUCUGGGCGUCGGGUUUGCAUCCCGAGGUCAACCUGGUCAAGGAAUUGUACGAGGCUCUAUCCGCAAUCGAUAAAAAAGCUGUUGGUGGUAAGUUGCGAGUAUUUUCAUUCGCGCCCAUCAAAACUCUGACACGUUACUUCAUUUUUCGUAAAAAUUCCCCGCUUCAGAUGCGAUACGGAAGAAGUUGGAUCAAGAAACCGAGAGCAAAUCGAAAUCGAACAAACGAAGAUGUCACAAAUGCACGAUAACUUGAACAUUCCGUCUCGCUUAUAGGCCCGAUAAUUUUAAAUUUGAUCGUAAUCGUACAUCAAGGUAUAAAGAAAAGGAAAAAUGAUGGGAUGAUGCGACCGUCGGACGGCGGUUGAAGGAAAUUCGAUUCUGGAACUAACAAUAAGCGCGCAUUGAUUCUCGUAGAUAUUGUAACGAUAUCGUUGAGAGAAUCACGGAAAUUCUGAUCGGAUCUGCGACACAAUAUUUGUACGUAAGCAAAGUAUCGGGUGAGUAUGACUGGCGUGCGAUAAUUUAAACCCAAGACAAUCCGUGACAAUGAGUCAGUUACCGAUCGUAUUCAUAUCUUGACAUUAUAAAACGGAGAUUAUACAUUCGCGACAAAGACACGUAGACGUUCGUAAGAUCCUCGUAGCUACACCUAGGUAUGUUGUUACAUCAGCGAACGGACCAAGCAAGCGAUGAUGGAUGUAUUGAAAGCUCGAUCUUGAAGACGAGUGCCUUUCAUUAUUUCAUUUUUUUGCAUAAGCUUUUGUAACCCUCAUCCGUGUAGGUACUUCCCUCUCCCAAACGCACUGUAUCCGGCCAAAUCUAGAUACGUUAUACGAUAAUAAUUGUCAUGCAAGUAUAAGAAGUAUUUGUAUUACUGUACGUUAAUAUGGAUCAAUAAUUGAAAACCAGAUUAUCUGGAAUGGAACAAUCAAUCCAAGACUUUGAACUAUUGUAUGUAUGUACGAAUCGAUUGCUAUGAAAUUUUCUGAAUAAAUUUUGACUUCCAACGUAAAUUCGACAAAUCAGUAGAACAUGCGAUGAAUUCAUGAACGUGCAUAUCUUCUAUCUGUGUAAUAAUAAAUUCUUAAAAUUUUAUCAUUUAUGUCCAAAAUAUGCUGUAUUAAUAACUUACCUCAUAAGCGAACGGAU